GAUUUGCUGUCCAUUGAUUUCAUGGGUCCGUACCCGAUGAGCGUGAGCGGAGCUCGAUAUAUACUCGCGUGUGUCGAUGCGUUCUCCAAAUUUGUGCAACUCUACCCGAUCCGCAGAGCAGACGCGCCGACCACUAUACGGCGAAUUUUUAACGAUUUUCUACCUAAAUACGGGCCAGUGAAGCGCAUCCAAACCGACCAUGGUACGCAAUUCACGUCCGUACUAUGGAAAAGAGCAUUACGGGACGCGGGUAUCACGCACGUAUUAUCAUCGAUACGACAUCCUCAGGGCAACAUCGUUGAGCGCGUCAACAAGGAAAUAGGCCGGAUGCUUCGUACGUUGAUAGGUAAAAGCCACAAGGCAUGGGCAGCCUUGUUGCCACGAAUACAAGAUUGUCUGAACGAAAUCUACCACGAGAGUACCGAGUAUACGCCGAUGGAGAUACAUUUAGGCAAGCGGCCGACGCGAUUCUGGGAGAAAUAUAUCAAUUUGCCAAGGGGCAGCGACGGGAAAUUUGAGAAAAGUGACCUCAUGCUCGUGGCAAAUCGAUUAAGAAAUAAAAGAGAGAAAUAUGCGUUAAAAGAAAAUGCGCGACAUAAAACUAUUAGAUAUAAGAUCAAUGACCGCGUUUUGGUGCGAAACGAAAAACUGUCAAAUGCAAACACACACGUAGUUUCGAAAUUCCUAGCGUUGUACGAGGGACCAUAUACCAUCAUAGAGAUAUAUGGUGGUGUGACGUUCGAGCUAUUGAACGAAAAAACGGGAAAAGUGCGUGGGAAAUUUCAUGCAUCGAAUAUCCGACCUUACUUUCAGACAGCCAAGCAAAUCGCAGCUGCGACGACUCCGCAAGAAGGAGACGAAGAACCGACACCGCAUAAGGAAGAAGGAUCGAAUCAAACUCCUCAAACAGCUCUACCAUGGACAGAUAAGCCACACCGGGCCAGUCGCCCGAGCACGACAGGCGUUUGAAAAAGAGCAGUGCCACCAACGGAAAGAGUCCCAGGGACACAUUGAGACAAGUCAAGCGGUGACGGAAGCCCAAAUACGAGCCCGCCGACGUGUAAGAGCUACCGAAAAAGAGCAUAUGCAAGAACAAGCUCAAAAUCGAAAGCUCAAACAAGAUUACACGAACCAGUGGAUAGCCCGUACCUUCGGUACCCUGGCCAUCAAACUUCCAGACGAAGACAUAAAACGGCCGACAUUUCCAAUGUGCAGAAUCCCAGCAGACGACGUACUACAAAUCCACGUUCAAAAAUGGGACCAACCGAAUUAAGAAGAAAGGGAAAAGAGUCGCUGUUAAACAGACACCGCCC